AUGAGUGCAGUCUGUUCAUAUCCAUUUAUCUUAUCAUUUCAUAUCUAUCUAAGCCCUUACAUAUCUAUCUAUCUAUCUAUCUAUCUAUAUAUAUAUAUAUAUAUAUAUAUAUAUAUAUAUAUAUAUAUAUAUAUAUAUAUAUCUAUCUAUCUAUCUAUCUAUCUAUCUAUCUAUCUAUCUAUCUAUCUAUCUAUCUCAGUCUAUUCAUUAUGUAAGGUUAUUCGCUAUCUAUCUAUCUAUCUAUCUAUCUAUCUAUCUAUCUAUCUAUCUAUCUAUCUAAGCCCUUACAUAUAUCUAUCUAUCUAUCUAUCUAUCUAUCUAUCUAUCUAUCUAUCUAUCUCAGUCUAUUCAUUAUCUAACGUUAUUCGCUAUCUAUCUAUCUAUCUAUCUAAAUUUCUGUUCAUAUCUGUCUAUCUUCAUAUGUCUUUAAUAUCUGUUCAUAUCUAUGUAUAUAUAUAUAUAUCUCUCUGUCCAUAUCUAUCUAUCUAUCUUCAUAUCUCUUUAAUCUCUGUUCAUUAUCUAUCUAUAUAUCUAUCUAUCUAUCUAUCUAUGUAUUUAAUCUCUGUUCAUAUCUGUCUCUCUUCAUAUCUCUUUAAUAUCUGUUCAUAUCUAUCUAUGCAUCUCCCUCUCUUUAUCUAUCUCUUUAAUCUCUGUUCAUAUCUAUCUAUCUAUCUAUCUAUCUAUCUAUCUAUCUAUCUAUCUAUCUUCAUUUCUCUUUAA